AACAAAUAGAUGUGUUCUGCUGAAGAAAGAAAGUCAUACAAACCUGGGAUAUCAUGAGGGCCUGAUGGAAGUGAAAUUGGAAAGUCAAGAACUGAAUGAAGUGGAGGAGAAACAUUGGUAUCAGGAUCCUCAUGAAUUUAUAAAUGAAGAAAAAUCAUUUAGUUGCUCACAGACUGAAAAUAAUUCCUCACAACAAACAACUCAAAGCACAGAAGCCACAAAUUCUUUCACCUGCCCUCAUUGUGGAAAGAGUUUCACACGUAAAUUAACCCUAAAGGAACACAUAAGAAUACACACUGGAGAGAAUCCUUUCACAUGUCCUCAGUGUGGAAAGAGUUUCAGACAAAAAGGACACCUUACCAGUCACGUGAGAAUUCACACCAGAGAGGAUGCUUUCACAUGUCCUCAGUGUGGAAAGAGUUUCAGACAAAAAACAAGCCUAAAUACCCACAUAAGAAUUCACUCUGGAGAGAAGCCUUUCACAUGCCCUCAGUGUGGAAAGAGUUUCAGACAGAAAGAACACCUUAAAAGGCACAUGAGAGUUCACACUGGAGAGAGGCCGUUCACAUGCCCUCAGUGUGGACAGAGAUUCAAAUAUUUAAAUAACCUUGAAUGUCAUCUUUACUCUCUGCACACUGCAGCAAAGUCAUUAAACUGUGAUCAGUGUGAUAAAAAUUUUAGCUCAGAAUCAGACCUGAAAACACACCUGAAAAUUCACAAGGACCCACAAUUGUGUUCUUUUUGUGGAGAAAGUUUUUCAUGCCCGCACCGUUUCAAAGAGCACCAGAAAAUUCAUACUAGUGGGAAAGCUCAUGUGUGCCCUGAGUGUGGCGAUGCCUUUGCAGGAGCCGGCAACUUGAAGUGGCACCAAAGAGUCCAUAUUAAAGAAAAAUCUAACAACUGUUCAUAAUGUGUAUAGAGUUUCACUCAUUCAGGAGUCCUGAAAAUGAAUGGAGAGAAUCCAUACCACCAGCCUUCAUGUGGGAAAUGUUUCCAAGUACCCAAUCAACUCAUUUUAAAAAAGCAUUGUGGAAAAAUGUCUCAGUAAGCUCUUUUUUUAGGUUCAUCUUCAGGUCCAAUGCUGUGUAAAUUCUAAGAGUUUUUAGGAAUGCAUUUCUUUAAUGAUGGGCAGUAGUAGUAAUAGAAUCCAUAUAGAAAUAUCUAUUAUUGUAAUGUCUCCGAAUUUUGAUUAUUCUAGUAUUCCCAUUACAUUUUUGCCUUUAAAAAACAAGUCUAACUUGGGCACGGUUGAAAAUAUAUACAAUAAAAUAUAUUUUAUUGUAUCCACAAUUGUAUCAUAGAAAACCUGGAAUUAUCAGUGAAUUUCAAAAUUGUGAUUUCCUGAUCUGGAACAGUCUUGGAAGUGCAAUAAAUUGUUAAAAUUCAUGAAAUG